AUGACGGCUUUCAACAUCAAGGUCGUCUCCGACGCUGUCUGCCCAUGGUGCUAUGUUGGCCACCGUCAACUACAACAGGCCAUCAAACUCUGGCACGCCAAACACCCAGAAUCCAAAGAUACAUUUCAAAUCGAGUUCUUCCCGUACCAGCUCAUGCCAGAGUUUCCCAGAGGCUCUGGCACAAGCAUGGACAAAAAUACCAUGUACAAGGCCAAAUUUGGCGCCGCGCAAAGACAGCUGGGCAUCCAGCGGCUCACGGCAGUGGGCACGCCUCUCGGCAUCAACUUUCGCUGGGGCGGCAACGUCGGCAACACGCGCGACUCUCACCGGUUGAUCGAAUUAGCCAAGAGAUAUGGAAGUGAAGUCGAGAAGAAGACUGUCGAGGGUCUCUUCUCUGCCUACUUUGAAAAUGAAAAGGACAUUACCAAGUACGAGGUUCUCGGUGAGGUGGCCACGUCGGCCGGAAUUCCGGAAGGAGACUUUAAGAAGGCCAUUGUGGAAAGUGAUGAGUACGGAGUUCAAGUGGACAAGGCAUCGGCGGGCGCAAGAGAGACAGGCAUCGAUGGCGUUCCAUCCUUCACCCUUCAGGACCGGUUUCAGCUAUCUGGAGCGCGAGAGCCAGAGGCGUUCCUCUCCCUGCUAGAGAGAGCCAAGCAGAUGGAAUGA